UCCAGUAGAUCCAAGAUGGCAGACAAGCGGCGAUGUGCUGAAGUUCACUGUUAACUUAUCGCUGGAGCUUCUUCUCUCCUCUCUGCUGUCUGUUGGUGUCUGCUGAGGACGAAUACAGCAGGGGUCCCCCAGAUCUGGAUCACGGGGUUUUCAGAUCUACAGUGUUUUCCAGGUGUCUUUCUGGGAUGUCCAGGCUAGGUGCCCUGAGGGGGCUCAGCCCUGAAGCACAAACCACCAGCACGGACAAUUUUACUGCUGAGAGAUUACACAAGCCUCUACAGAUGGACACAUCCACAUGUAGAGACACCUGCACAGCUGCUUGAGAGGGAGAACCCUUUUUCCCUCUUUGAUCGCCCAAUUUACAUUCCGUCCAUCCGACAAUCAUCCACCCUGCCCUCUUUCCAUUCAGGCGUCUAGAGUGUACUAUGCGCUGCAGAGCUAGUAGUGGAGAGCAGGUAAUGGAUGAUGCUAGCCAUGGUGACCUAGUGUAAAUGGCUAUUCCUCAGCACAGCUCAGUGCCGGUAUCUACUGCUCAAUCCUCCGCCCCCCCCUCUUCUCACCCCUACUCCACCUCUCUGCUCUCCUUCCUUGUUUACCGCUGCUGCUUGCCGUCCGGUCCCGCCUCUCCCCUCCAACACCAUGGUCGGUGCAGGCUUUGGCGUGUGGAAGCUAAUGCGAGGUGUCCGCCAGCUGGAGCUCCACCGCCUUAUCCUGGCACUCAUCAUCUUCUGCUUGCUGUCCAUGGCCUUCCUAGCUUACUACGUCUCCAACAGCCCCAAAAUCAAGGAGGCCCCCCCUUUACCCUUCAGUGACUGCGGCGGAGGAGGGGGGAUGUCGCUGGGAGCGAGCACCGGGGCAGCCGGAGGUGGACCGGGCGUCCAAAGGGCACCGCUUUUCCUCCCCCAGCGACAGGGCCGACUACGGCAGGUAAAGGCGAUGGACAAUUCCAGGACAGAGCCCGUCGUUCUGGUGUUCGUGGAGAGCAUCUACUCCCAGCUGGGCCAGGAGAUUGUAGCCAUAUUAGAGUCCAGCCGCUUCCACUACCGGACAGAGAUUGCUCCUGGUAAAGGAGACAUGCCCACGUUGACGGAGCAUAACCGUGGGCGCUACACACUGAUCAUCUACGAAAAUGUGUUGAAAUACGUCAAUCUGGAUGCGUGGAACCGCGACUUGCUGGACAAGUACUGCGCCGAGUAUGGAGUAGGCGUCAUUGGAUUUUUCAAAGCAAACGAAAACUCUCUCCUCAGUGCACAGCUCAAAGGUUUCCCCCUCUUUCUACACUCACACCUGGGACUCAGGGACUACCGUAUCAACCCCAAUGCUCCUCUACUCUACAUCACCAAGCCCAACCAGGUGGAGCAGGGCUCUUUACCAGGGGAUGACUGGACCAUUUUCCAGUCCAACCACUCUACCUAUGAACCAGUGCUUCUGGCCAGUACCAAGUCCACGGAGGCACUGGCACAUUUUGGACCCAGCCCCUUGCGGGCCCUCCACGCCACCGUGGUCCAGGACUUGGGGCUCCACGAUGGCAUUCAAAGGGUUCUCUUUGGAAACAAUCUCAACUACUGGCUUCACAAGCUGGUGUUUGUGGACUCCAUUGCAUACCUGACAGGGAAGAGACUGUGUUUGUCCUUGGACCGCCACAUCCUUGUGGACGUUGAUGAUAUAUUCGUGGGCAAGGAGGGAACCCGUAUGAAGGUGUCAGACGUGGAGGCAUUGCUCAACACACAAAACAAGCUGAGAGCGCUGGUCCCUAAUUUCACUUUCAAUUUGGGAUUUUCCGGAAAGUUCUAUCACACAGGAACCGAUGAAGAGGAUCAGGGAGACGACAUGCUGCUGCAGCACAAGAUGGACUUCUGGUGGUUCCCUCACAUGUGGAGCCACAUGCAGCCUCACCUCUUUCACAACGUCAGCGUCUUGGCAGAGCAGAUGAGGCUAAACAAGUUCUUUGCUCAGGAGCAUGGCAUCCCAACAGACAUGGGCUAUGCAGUGGCUCCGCACCACUCUGGAGUUUACCCAGUUCACAGCCAGCUCUAUGAGGCCUGGAAGUCUGUGUGGGGCAUCAAGGUGACCAGCACUGAGGAAUACCCUCAUCUGAGGCCAGCUCGAUACCGCCGUGGCUUCAUCCACAAUGGGAUCCAGGUGUUGCCCAGGCAGACCUGUGGUCUGUUCACCCAUACAAUCUUCUAUAACGAAUACCCAGGAGGUUCCAAGGAGCUGGACAAGAGCAUCAGAGGAGGAGAGCUCUUCCUCACUGUCCUCCUAAACCCUAUCAGCAUCUUCAUGACACACCUGUCCAACUAUGGCAACGAUCGUCUGGGUCUGUACACCUUUGAGUCUCUGGUGAAGUUUGUCCAGUGUUGGACCAACCUCAGGCUGCAGACGUUGCCCCCCGUCCAGCUCGCCGACAAGUACUUCCAGAUCUUCCCUGAGGAGAGGGACCCACUUUGGCAGAACCCUUGUCAUGACAAGAGACACAAAGACAUCUGGUCUAAAGAAAAGACCUGUGAUCGCCUCCCCAAAUUCCUCGUCAUUGGACCACAGAAAACAGGCACUACAGCGCUUCAUUCAUUCCUGAGCCUCCACCCAGCCGUCACCAGCUCCUUCCCCAGCCCCACCACCUUUGAGGAGAUCCAGUUCUUCAGUGGAGCAAACUAUGACAACGGGAUAGACUGGUACAUGGACUUCUUCCCAUUCCCUUCCAAUGUCAGCACAGAUUUCAUGUUUGAAAAGAGUGCCAACUACUUCGACACAGAGGCGGCGCCUAAGAGAGCUGCUGCCCUGCUUCCCCGAGCCAAAGUCCUGGCAGUGCUCAUCAACCCGUCGGACAGGGCCUACUCCUGGUACCAGCACCAGAGGGCCCACCAGGACCCUGCAGCCCUCAACAACACUUUCCAUGCCGUGGUGACAGCAGGCCCCUCCGGCCCCAGGGACCUGCAGGCCCUCCAGAGACGCUGCCUUCACCCUGGGGCCUACGCUCCCCACCUGGAGCGCUGGCUGCAACACUACCAGCCCAGCCAGUUGCACAUCGUGGACGGGGCCCUGCUGAGGUCCAACCCGGCACUGGUGAUGGAGGGAAUCCAGAGAUUCCUCGGUGUCACUCCCAUCUUCAACUACACCCAGGCUCUGAUGUACGAUGACAGCAAAGGUUUCUGGUGUCACCGGGUGGAAGGAGGUCGAGCCAAGUGUCUGGGGAAGAGUAAAGGCAGGAAGUACCCCGAGAUGAGUCCUGAGUCACGUGCCUUCCUGGCUGAGCACUACCGCGAGCACAACAUGGAGCUGCUGCGUCUGCUGAAUCGGCUGGGCCAUGCGCUGCCGUCCUGGCUCCGCCAAGAACUCCAGAGCACAAGCUGGAGCUGAGGCCACACCCCCUCACUCACACAGACGGACAAACACACCACAGAGAAAAGCCAGGACUGAGUCUGGAUGAGCCCACUUUGGCUCUGGAUUAAACUGGACAGCUGGAAUCUGGAACAAACGGCAGUAAAAGAGCUGAUGUUACUGGGCUGUUCCACAGGAGGUCUCUCUCAAAGUGUUGCUCACUGUUUGAAAAGGAUCCCAGCCGACUCUCCCUGCAACUCCUGAUCUGUUGCCAACCUCCUGCCAGCACUGACAGCCCUCAGCCUCAGUCAGUGUGUGUUGGAUGGGCUGGGGGGCACUGACACUGAACGCUUCAGAUUGUUGUAGAUCCAGAGGACUGUGGGACCAGCAGGUUUGGGGCAUAAACAACAGAUCAGUCGGCCUUAAUGUGAGGAGAGAGAGCGUGCAGAUGUGGAGUGUAUGCGUGGAUACAGGACAACCCCACACACACACACACACACACACACACAUGUCCACAAGUAAGAUUGUAAAGCAUCUUUCAAAAGCAGGUGUAUUGGUUAGGUUUAAGGGGCAUCAGCCUGAAGACCGUUCUGACAGACAGUCCACAUCCUGGUCCACACACACACACACACACACACACACACACACACACACACACACACACACACACACACACACACACACACACACGUGUCUACCUACAGUCGUUUCCUAGUCUGCUUACUGAGGAGACGGACACUUUAGAACAGUUCAGAUGGCAGGUCGUGUAAAUAUCAUGUGGUUCAGUAGGUGACUGGAGGCCAGGCGUGGUCCAGGCUCCGCCCAUCACAACACGUGAUCCACGUUGGAUUAUGUCAGUGUUUUUUUAAGAUAACUAGCUUUUAAUCUCCAUAGCCUAGUUUUAUUUUUAUUUUUUUAAUAUAUCAUGUUGGAACCAUGCUGCUGAGCAAAGCUUGUGUCGUAGGACUGGAUUUUUAGUUUUCAUAGUUCAGGACCAGAACAUGAAAGUUCAGGUUUCACUUCAGCUCUCAUCAUUUAGUGAUGAAGGGGUUUGGUUUUACUGGUGUUUCUGAUUUCAUGGCUCUGGCUGGAGGCUCCGCCCUUACAACAGCUGCUGAGGCUCAUAGGUACUGUAGUACAUAUCAAGCUAAAGGGACGACACAGUGAAAAUGUACAACUGUUGUCUUGGUUUAAGUUCCCAAGAGACUUGAGUACCAUUAUUAUUAAAUGAUUAAGGUCCACAGAAAAACCUCCAGUUUCCACUUGUCAUAGAGAUAACGGUUACCUUUAAGGAGUUUCUAAAGAUUUAUUAUUGCACUUCUAUAAAGUUAGGAAACUCCCAAGAGACGGAUUUUAAAAAACGGUUAAAACUGAAGCAGGAAGAGGCUGCUGAGAUAUUCUGAUACUCUUCCUGUCUGGUAAAUUACCCCAUCUUUCCGUCUCCAGGCUGAGAAAACCAACAAUGACUAAGCUCCUCCAUAACCACAGAGACCUCAUACAACUGACUCCACAGACACCAGAAACGACCAUGACCAGCACAUGGACCUGGAUACCAAUAAUACAGAGUGGACUUAACCAACAAGGACUAUGGGAGCAGUGUGACUUAGUCUUUUUUUGGUCAUCAAUCAGAACGUGUUCUCACCGGUUUCAUAGUGAUAACGAGUUAGCAGCUGCACAGGGAUCCUGACGUGAUGUGGUUUUCAGACACAGUCCUGGACCAGAGCUGUUGGAACCCACUGUGGGUUUGUGAGAUUCUGUGAGGGGGACAAGAACCUCGGCCUGCAAGAGAAAAGAAAACCUGUUGGGUAUCUUCUGGAAGAGCAACACAGAAUGCUAAUCACACACACACACACACACACACACACACACACACACACACACACACACACACACACACACACACACACACACACACGCUUGUCUCCAUCUGAGGACAGUAACCCACAUGGUCCCAGGACAGAGGACGGAGCCAAUAUGGAGACAAAUCAGAAGCUGCUGUCUUGUUGUUUGUUUUGUAUAAAUGUCAAAAAGGCCAACACUGUAUCGUCUCUAAUAAACAGAGAGGUUGGAGA